CGAUCAUUGUGUUUAAAAUUGUGUCAGUGUAAGGUUGAAUUGUGAAAAAUGGCUCGUACAAAGCAGACCGCUCGGAAGUCUACUGGAGGCAAGGCUCCUCGUAAGCAGUUGGCUACUAAGGCAGCACGUAAAAGUGCGCCAGCUACUGGCGGUGUGAAAAAACCUCAUCGCUAUCGCCCUGGUACAGUUGCUCUGCGUGAAAUUCGUCGUUACCAGAAGAGCACAGAAUUGCUUAUACGCAAGUUGCCGUUCCAGCGUUUAGUCCGUGAAAUCGCUCAGGAUUUCAAGACUGACCUUCGUUUCCAAAGCUCAGCUGUAAUGGCUCUGCAGGAAGCUAGCGAAGCCUACUUGGUUGGCCUAUUCGAAGAUACAAAUUUGUGCGCCAUUCAUGCCAAACGCGUCACGAUCAUGCCCAAGGACAUUCAACUGGCCAGACGUAUCCGUGGCGAGCGCGCUUUUGCAGUAUCCGCGUCCCCCGUGACUCCCCAAACAGCCUCGGCUGAGAAGAAGGUGGCUGCUAAAAAGCCAGCAUCUGCAUCCGUAUCUAAGGCAAAGAAAGCAGCGGUCCCUCCAACACACCCACCAACUCAGCAGAUGGUGGAUGCAUCGAUAAAAAAUCUAAAGGAACGUGGAGGCUCAUCCCUCUUGGCUAUUAAGAAAUAUAUCAGUGCCACUUACAAGUGCGAUGCCCAGAAGCUGGCUCCAUUCAUUAAGAAGUACCUGAAGAAUUCGGUUGCGAGUGGAAAGUUGAUCCAAACAAAAGGGAAGGGUGCAUCUGGUUCAUUUAAGCUGUCUGCAUCUUCUAAAAAGGAGCCCAAGCCAAAGGCAUCCUCUAUAGAGAAGAAAUCUAAGAAGGUAACUGCAUCGGCAGCAGCCAAAAAGAAGAGUAUAUCUGCCACCAAAAAAGUUAAGGGCGCUGCUGAUAAGAAGUUAUCAAAGGCUGUGGUGACCAAAAAGAGUACCGACAAAAAGAAAGCAGACAAAGCGAAGGCCAAAGAUGCAAAGAAAUUUCCCGUUGGUCGUAUUCAUCGGCUUCUUCGCAAGGGCAACUAUGCCGAGCGUGUUGGUGCCGGUGCUCCAGUUUACUUGGCGGCUGUUAUGGAAUAUUUGGCCGCUGAAGUUUUGGAGUUGGCUGGUAAUGCAGCCCGCGACAACAAGAAAACCAGAAUUAUCCCUCGCCAUCUGCAAUUGGCCAUCCGCAACGAUGAAGAGUUGAAUAAACUCCUUUCGGGCGUCACUAUUGCCCAGGGCGAAAUGGCUCGUACAAAGCAGACCGCUCGGAAGUCUACUGGAGGCAAGGCUCCUCGUAAGCAGUUGGCUACUAAGGCAGCACGUAAAAGUGCGCCAGCUACUGGCGGUGUGAAAAAACCUCAUCGCUAUCGCCCUGGUACAGUUGCUCUGCGUGAAAUUCGUCGUUACCAGAAGAGCACAGAAUUGCUUAUACGCAAGUUGCCGUUCCAGCGUUUAGUCCGUGAAAUCGCUCAGGAUUUCAAGACUGACCUUCGUUUCCAAAGCUCAGCUGUAAUGGCUCUGCAGGAAGCUAGCGAAGCCUACUUGGUUGGCCUAUUCGAAGAUACAAAUUUGUGCGCCAUUCAUGCCAAACGCGUCACGAUCAUGCCCAAGGACAUUCAACUGGCCAGACGUAUCCGUGGCGAGCGCGCUUAAAUUGCUUCGCUAUUCUCUUUUGUAGAUAUUACAAGCAACAUCCAACAAAUCGGUCCUUUUCAGGACCACAA